AAUUGUUAUUCAGCUCCUUAGCAUAAGCUUCUGGCGUAGCUUACAGUCUUCGCCGGCGCUAAGACUGUCUAAAAUAGCAACAAGAAUGAAUGCAACCUAAGACCCAGCGGGGGGACGAGAAUAAUUGCAUCUUUUAAUCUGGACCCUGGGACAAUUUUAUAAAGUUUCAGAAAUGUUCAGUGUAAUAUACUUUCUUCGGAGCUUCUUCAAGACCCCAGUACUAAAUGAAGACACUGAAAAUAAAGUAGAAUUUAAUGAAGACACCAGUGCUGACCAGUGUACGCUUGAGUUUAGGUCUUUCAGCCAGGACCAAGAUGAGGAUUACUUUGAAACCCGCUCAUAUUUCAGCGACAGUCCCUCUGAACUGAAAAGUGAAGUAUUUGAAAGUAUCUCCGACGUUGACUCAAUUUCUAGUGAUGCGACAGAUGAACUGAACAGAAGGAGAGAUUGUAUUUUAUUAGACAAGGAGGAAUCUGUGUACUCACAUUUUACGAAACUCCAAAGCGGCAAUUAUUCCCACAACACACACUUCUCUAAAGGAAUCGUAUGCGGCCAAGAAGAUCAGACAGAGGCCUCUUCCUGUUUACAAACACAACCCCCAUCUCCUAAUAAAAGCCUCCCAUCUGAGCUGAGGCCAGAGCAUACCGUGGAUAAAAACAAGAAGGGCCUCUCAACUUCUAAUGUCAUUUUAAGGGAAGAUACAGAGAAUAAUAAUGUGACUUUCAAUGGGUUGCAGCACAAUGUGACAGUGAUCAAGGAAAGCCCCAGAGGUUUGCUGUUUUCCACAGAAAUCAGGACAAAUACAAAACGGAGAAUUGGUGUCAAUUCCCAGUCAGAAGUUUGUCUGACUUGUUCCAGGUCAGACACAACUAUCGUUGCCUCUCACCAAAGUUUGCCUAAUAUUCAUUUUAGAUUCUCUAACCAUAAUGAUGCUGCAAUCGAGUAUAGCAAAAAUGGUGCAAAUCAGGGAGAGUUAAGUACAGAAGGAAAGCCAUUCUCUAAAGAAAGUCCCAAUCUUGACACAGCUUUUGCCUGUACAGAUCAUUCCAAUGGAGAUUUGAUGAGGACUCCAUUAGAAAAACCAUCUAUAGCUGAUAAGUCUAGUCUUUAUCAAGAAGACUGGAGUGACAGUUCCCAUCAACAAUGGGAACCGACUGGAGAACUUAAUUGGUAUGAACCGUCUGGGAACCAACAUAAUAAUUCUCAUGAUGAUUAUAGCACUGACAUAGGAUGUGGAUCUUCAGAACCUGACAAAUGUAAAGAAAGAGAAAGUAGAUUUUUAGUUAUCUUAAACUCCACAAAAGCAAAUAAGAGCAAUUAUACAACAAAUCCAUAUCGGAAGCCAAAUGUGCCUGAAUACAACAUAGAUGAGGCAAAAAAUGAUGAAGUGGUUGAUGAUGACACUACACCGAACCAUGUGACAGAAAAAGAGUCUUCACGUAGGAAGUCAGAUACUACCAUUGAUUCUUCCAACAAGCCAAAUCUUAUUAUAAUAUCCAUACAACGAACAGAUGCUCAGGCAACAAGGAACAAACCCAAUGAUGUCCAUUUCAUAGAAGAACAAAGUAUACAGUCUGGUCCUUGUCAAUCACACAAUUCAUCUAAAACUAGUCAAAUAUUUACUGGGGAGCUCUCUUCUGAGGAUUUAGACAAAGAAACCCCUACCAAUAAAGAUGUAUUCAAUGUAGAUAGUAGUAAUGAUGCCAAGGAGAACAACUCUACAGAAUCAUACCUAGGUAUGAACGCCUCAGAUGAAAUGAAUACUGAUUAUAUGGUAAUCGGAACAAGCCAAGUUAAGCAGUGUCCUCAAAUGUUGAUUGAAGUACUAGACAACCCUGAAAGAACAUAUCAAGAAGAAAGUAAUAAUAUGGUUCCAGAAAGGAACAACAUGGAGUCUGCCAAUUUAUAUGAUUUUAAUGAUGAAUCUAAUGUGAAACAAAUCAGUUUGUCAAAUUCUGCCAACAUGAUGGCAGAUGAUGAUGACCAGAGUGAAGACAGUACGGAUAGCUCCGGGCAUGAGGCAUUCAGUUUCUCAGAUGAUGAUGAUGAGGAUGAUGACAUAGAGUGUGACAGUUUACAACAUCUAGGAGGCAAAAAGGAGGACAUGCUAGGUCACACGGAAGACACAAAAAACAUGGACAUGGGUGUAUUGGAUGCAGAUAAUAAAAGUAGAAGCAAUACUUGCUCUGAAAAUAAAGACUGGGAAGAAUGUACAGAAGUUAAUGGUACUAAUAAUGAGAUGGAAGAAAGUGCAAACUUGGAUUCAAGUGACAGAUCUUUAGGGCUGCCACCAAUAUUAGAGGUUUCUCCAGAAAGUAAUAAACCAGCCCAGUCAGAAAAGGACACAAACAUAGACGACAAUAAUGUAGAAGACAAACAAUCCCACUGUCUUCAACCUCCUCUAAUAAGCAGACAGAUAACCAAUCUAAGUCGAGAUGAGCAAUCUUCAGAUCUCUCGGACGAUGACCUUUAUGAAAGUAGCUUCCUCUAUAACAGGAGUAUGAGAAAAGCGUCAGGUUCAGGACGGAUUGACCUAGACAACUUUACCCGAUUCAGAAAUAACGUUUCAAAUGUUACGAUGCCUGAGCCAGCUGAACCCUCCUACGACCAAGAGCUUCCCAAACCCCAAGUAGACAGUAAUGAUAAUAAAAACAGUAAUAAGAGUCCAGAAAACAAACGGUUAAAAGAAAGGCUAUCUUGGGCCCAUAAGUCAUUCUCAAGCCUUUUUGAUUUUAAAAAUAUAGAAAAAGAAACCACAGCUCAAAGCUUGGAGUCUGUCAGCAAAGAUGAAAGGAAAAAGAUCAGACCCCAUCAAAUGUCAUGGCGAGCCUUACGUAAGAACAAGGAAAGAGACUCAUUCAAAAGGCUCAGUGUACUGACAUUAUCCACACAUGUUAUUAGCCCUAACAAGCCAAGGAAGAACUCUAAAGAAAAGAUUGAUCCGUAUUGUGAGAAUCAGUUAUCAGUGGUCCCGGACUUACUCAGCAGUUCUCCUGCCGAAAUAAAAGAUAGUAGCUACAAGGAAAUCAAUUACAACCAUGCCGUGCCCACUUCACCAGUAUCUGCCUCUGAGGAUAUCGAUAUACAAAGUUCUCUCAAGUGUGGUGCCACUACAUGUGCAAGGAAUUCAUUUGAUCAGCCUAUGAACUGUACAACAUUUAAUCCUAAUGAUCUUUCCUAUAUAAGACAAUCAUCAAGUACGCCCUUUGCGAACAUCUUCUCCAAUUCUGACCUUCACUCAAUGCCUUGUCGACCCAUGAGUCCAAAACCACAAAGUCAAUGGCCUAGUCAUCAACGGAAAAGCCUUCGAAAUUCCAGGGCCAGUGCCACUUCCAUGACUUCCUUAGGGAACUGUUCUCCGCUGGAUGGUUAUUUGGACUCAACAGAGGCAUCCAUGUUAUUUAAACCAUGGAUGACAAAUUCCUCAGAGAAUGAGGCCCUAAAGGAGGACAGUGGGGUCAGCAGCCAGUCCCAAGCCAGCAUAUACACAGCUUCUUCAACUAGUGACAUACUGAGGGAAGAUGAUACUAUACCCCAAAACCAGACACCAAGUAUAAAGGUACAGAGGGAGAAAGUCCUUCAAAAGAAGAAGACCUCUGAGUUUCUGGUGUUCACAUUCCCCAACAUGGAGACAAGCAAAACCUCCACAUUGCCCAUGAGGACAUCAGGGGAACACGCAAAAGACUCUGAGAAAAGGAACACUAAAUCGCUGUUCAGGAGCCUCAGCAGUGAUGACCUAUGGGUAAAUCAGAGAAAGCAGGAGAUGCAACUAGACAAGACAGAAAGCACAAUUCAAGGAGAGAGUCACAUGAACAAUCGGUCACAAGCGAGAACGAGUAGGAGCGGAUCUGCUGCACCCUAUGACAUAUUUCGAAUUCGACCAAUGAAGAUACACUCGUUUUCCCAAAGCACUCCUUCUAGGCUUGAUCUUGUGGGUUGUGUGAGGCGCAUCACAUUUCCUGUUAUUACAGAUGGCUCCCUUGACAGACCAUCUCUCACUGAUGACAUGGGAAGUGAUGAGGACAUGUACGAUGACCUGCAUGUAUCCAGUCAUCGCUAUGGAGGAGGAGGAGAACAGCUAGCCAUAAAUGAGCUCAUAAGCGAUGGCAGUGUGGUGUAUGCAGAAGCUCUCUGGGACCAUGUCACCAUGGACGAUCAAGAACUGGGCUUCAAGGCUGGCAGUGUCAUAGAAGUUAUGGAUGCCACCAAUAAAGAAUGGUGGUGGGGGCGCAUCGUGGACAGUGAAGGAUGGUUUCCAGCAAGUUUCGUAAGACUCCGUGUGAACCAGGACGAGCCCUUAGAAGACUACACCGGUAGGCCUGGAGACAAAGACCUUGAUGCCAAGAAUCUCUUGAGGCGUCACGGUUUCGGGCAAACUAACAAGGAUCAAAUGAGGACCAACGUCAUCAAUGAGAUCUUAAAUACAGAGAAGGAUUACAUCAAACAUCUAAAGGAUAUAUGUGAGGGAUACAUCAAGCAAUGUCGUAAAAGGGCCGACAUGUUCACAGAGGAACAGCUUUGGACAAUUUUCGGCAACAUCGAAGACAUCUACAAAUUUCAGAAGAAAUUCCUGAAAACGUUAGAAAAGAGGAUCAUCAAAGACGCUCCCCAUCUGAGCGAGAUCGGCGCCUGCUUCCUUCAAUAUCAAAAUGACUUUCAGAUCUAUUCUGAAUACUGCAACAACCACCCAAAUGCCUGCACUGAACUCUCCAGACUGAGCAAGGUCAAGAAGUAUGGCUACUUCUUUGAGACUUGCCGCCUGGUACAGAAGAUGAUUGACAUCUCUCUUGAUGGUUUCCUGCUAACACCAGUUCAGAAAAUCUGCAAAUAUCCUCUGCAGCUUGCCGAGCUGCUGAAAUAUACCAACCCCCAGCACAGGGAUUUUGCGGAUGUUGAAGCUGCAUUAAACGCCAUGAAAAAUGUUGCUAAGCUGAUCAAUGAGCGGAAGAGGAGAUUGGAGAACAUUGACAAGAUAGCCCACUGGCAGAGCUCUAUAGAGGACUGGGAGGGUGAAGAUAUCCUGACAAGAAGCUCAGAACUUAUCUAUUCAGGUGAAUUAACGAAAUUCUCACAGCUUCAAUCCAAGGGCCAACAGCGGAUAGUGUUUCUCUUCGAUCAUCAAAUUGUGUACUGUAAAAAGGAUAUUCUACGCCGGGACAUGUUGUAUUACAAAGGCAAGAUCAACAUGGAUGAGAUGGAAGUCAUCAACUUGGAGGACGGCAAAGACAAGGACUUUAACAUUACUGUGAAGAAUGCCUUCAAGCUGCAGAGUAAAGUCUCUGAGGAGGUUCAUCUGUUCCUUGCCAAGAAGCCGGAGCAGAAACAGCGCUGGUUACAAGCAUUUGAGGAAGAGAGAAGACAGGUGCUACAAGACGAACAAACAGGUUUCAGCAUCAGUGAAAUACAAAGGAAGCAGGCGAUGAUGAACGCCAAUAAACCGCGUCCUGCCGGGAAGCCAAAAGCCGUUAAUAGGACGUACUAUGAUUUCUGGAUGAGACAGAAGCAUCCCACGUUGCCUGCCAACCUCCCACAGCAACAAGUCUUCAUGCUUGCUGAACCCAAGCGCAAACCCUCCAAUUUCUGGCAGAACAUCAGCCGUCUGACUCCCUUCCGAAAAUAAAGGACCUUUUUUGCGAUCUGCUCUUGCAUCCUGUGCAUAGAAAGCACUUUACCCACAGUUGACAAAGUGCCCGUGCCUGGGACCCCUAUCCUUCUACAGGGCAUGGCGCUAGCUGGUACAUUGCUCCAUAUUUAUUUUUUAGAAAGAAUUGGACAUAUUUUACAUGUUCUCUGUUGCUGCCUCUGAUCGUCCGGGAAGUGUUGUAGUUUUUCUCCAGGGUUUUAUUUUUUAUUUUUUGUUCUGUAAUGUAAUGAACUGUUCUUUUGUUUUUAUAAUGUUUACCAGAUGACUAUUUUAUGAACUUACACUGAAUCUAUACAUUGAAUACUCAGAACGGAGUCACGAUAGUUGACAAUGAGUUAAAAAAUGUAUAUAUAACCUAACAGGAUAUUAAACCUUAUUUUAAGGUGAAGAGAAUGCUAUGUUAAGGAGCACUAUUCGAGAUGAGGCCUAUAUUUUCUCUAUAUAUUGAUAGACUAUAUCUGAAUCUGACUCGUGCAGUUUGCACCAAAAACACUGUCUUACGUGAUGUGUGCCCCAUUUACAUAGUUUCUGCUGGGUCUAACAAAGAGGCAUGGCUUUGGUGCUCCAAAAAAUUUAGCUAAAUUUUAGUGCACGAUGCUGACUUGAAGGAAGACGACUAACAGUUGGUCUAAACUUAGACUUCACACUGGGAUACAAAUAGGAAAAAAAAUUGGCACUUGGGUAAAUUCUGCAAAACUUCAUUUGAAACUCAUAAAACACCAUACAGGUACAAGUGCACCGCAAAGGAGCAAAGUUGUAGGCAAGUAAACAAACAACGCGUUUCUGGCUCUUAGCCCUUAGUCAUCAUGAUCUUAACUCAACAGAUCAUGACUAAGGGAGAACAGACAGAAACACAAGGAUCGUUCACUUUUUACAACUUUGCACCUUUGCUGUGCACCUCUACCUGUAUGGUGUUUUAAGUUUCUAAUAGACUUGAAGCAUUUACCAAAUACAGUGGUCCCUCAACAUACGAUGGUAAUCCGUUCCAAACCAACCAUCGUUUGUUGAAACCAUCGUAUGUUGACGGAUCCGUGCAAUGUAAAGUAUAGGACAGUGGUCUACAACCUGCAGACCUCCAGAUGUUGCAAAACUACAACACCCAGUGUUUUGCAACAUCUGGAGGUCCGCAGGUUGUAGACCACUGUUAGAGAAAGUUGUACUCACCUGUCCCCGCCGCUCCGGACCGUCACCGCUCGUCACCGCUGUCCGGGAUGUCGCCGUCCAUCGCUGUCGCCGCGUUACCGAGGUGUUCCUGACACUCCGGCAAGGCCUCUGCUUCCCCGUCAAUUGCGCUCUCCGUCGCCGUGCUGAUGGAGAGCGCCGACAAUGCAGAGGAUCCCGAAGAGGACGCGCAGGAGCCCCGCGGACAGGUGAGUGACCAUCACCGGAGCACACGAAGCACCGUAAACGGCUAUCCGGCGGCAGCUGAAGCAGUCAUUGCUGCCGGAUAGCCGUUUAUGCAAUGGCCCCGACAUAAAAAAGCAUCGUAUGUUGAUGAGGCCAUCGCAUGUUGAAAUGAUCGUAUGUCGUGGCCAUCGUAGGUCGAGGGGUCACUGUAACAGAAUUUUUUCCGAUUUGUUUGGAUGUUGGAGGUUUGCCGUUCCGAGCGCGGCAGACAGGUGUACUGAUUACUUCUCUCCUAUUGAUACGCCAGCUUUAUCGAUCAGCCUGAUCACACUAUGAGAAAUCUAGUGCAUUUAUCUGUCUUAGUUUGCGCUGCCUAAGAAUUAGAUGGUUUUGGUAAAUCUGGGCCUGUGCUCUACAGAUCGCCCCCUAUGGUUACACAACAUUUACAGCACUUGCUUUAAAAAGUUUGUAGGCCAGUAUUGUUUAUACAGCAAUCAUUGCAAAUGUUGUUUUAUGGCUCUUUUUCUGACAAGCCCCCCCCCCCAAAUUUAAAAAUAUAUAUACAUAUCAUACUAAGACCAGUUUUACUCAGGUUGCUAGAAUUUAUGAAAAGAGUUCUCUGGGUCCUGCACUAUUUUGGUCCCCCUGAGAUCUGUUCUAAGGGCCUUAUAUUACAAAGUAUGAGCACAAUUCUAGUUUCACGACCAAUAGCGCUGUCCCAGCAUGUACAGUGAUCCAUAAAGUGGCUUUAAAGGUGUAUUUCCUUGGUAUACACCAGAACAUUAUGGUCAGCAAGCCCCACCCCCUCACCUGCCUCACCCCGGUCUUACCUUCACCUUCAGAAAAAGGGGUAAAACCCUUUAAGAAGCUUCUAAAGAGGUUUUAAAGAAUUAGAGCUCUUUUCCCAUUCAUCCAGCAUCUGGCAUAUUUGCCAUCCGGCAUACAUUUUCUUCAUCUAAAAAGACAUUGCAUGCAGUUUUAUUUUAUCCAGCAAACCCACAUAAGAUGGCAAUUAUACCACAUGGUUCAUAAGUCCAGCCCCAUAAUCCAUUUUAGCUAAUGGUGCAACAGAUGAGACAUUGGGUGCAAAAGAUCCAGCUUGUUGAGUGUCCAUUUAAUUCCAUGCAGGAUGGUGCCAGAUCACUGGACGUAUGUAAACCAAGCCUAACAAAUUUGUAGAGGGAUCAAUGGCAGACAGAGAGGUAGAAAAAAAUGCAUAAUUUCAUCAUAUUUGUAUAUAUUUAAGCACCUCGUGGUAGCUGCAGACAAGGAUGUGGCUACCAUGAGCAUCCAUGCCCAUUUUACCUCCUGUUUUCUCCCCUCCCAUUCCAAAUGUAAUGCCUUGUGUAUGUCAGAGGGUAAGCACUAUACACCAUUCCUUCAAAGAUUUGACACUUUUUAAUACAUAUCAGGACCUCCAGGUGUUGCCGAAUUACAACUCACAGUAUAUAUCAGUGAUCAGAGCCUAAUUGUUUACAAUAGCAGCUGUAUGGUGCAGUAAAGUACGUAUUGACUAAGAAAACAUUGACUUCUCUCGAAAUGUUGGUGUCUAUAACGCUUACUCCUAACACCAAAAUAAAAAAGUUACUGUAUAUACUUUCAACUUCUUCUGCCCUCACCACUGAGGUAGUAUAUAGCUGCUUUAUCAAAGCCAUGACACACAAGGGUUUGUUACAUUACGUUCAGGGUAUGGUGGUGGCCCUAGUGGUAAUUGAAGGCCUUUUAAUAAAAUGGCGGGAAUCUGAGGUGGCAUCUACUGUCAAUAUUACAGUGGAGUGGUAUGAUCCGCCCUACAAUGCACAAGUGCUCCUAAUAAACACCCAAUUGAUGACAUCAUAACUCACUAAUGAGAAUUGAAAACCUUUCUCUCAUAGACAAUGUCCAUUCCAAGUCUCAUACUCAGCAAUUAUACAGCGCAUAUAACUUUCAAUCUUUCAUGUUCCUCGACCCUUUCUUUCUUUAAAUUUUCAAGUUGCUUUUUGCUGUUCGUGGAAUGCACAGUUUCUUGUGUAGCCUUCUCAGGAUUUAUUGAACCUAUUAGCAGGAAAGUCCAUGUGGGGUGUGGGAGGGUGCCCAUUCCAGGCUGGACUUGUCUCUGUUUUGAUGGGUGAUCAUGACCUGUACAGGAAUGUGGUGAUGCAAUGAUAACAUACAAGACCACUACAAACAUCUAUUCCUGGGUGGUUAGGAGUGUUUUAAAGGGUUACUCCAGUUAUCAAAAACAUCUGAUCAUGGGGGAUACUGCUCAAGCAAUCACCGGUCGUAGAACUGUCCCACCUCAGCUGGUCAUUGGCCAGGUAGUCUCGGAAGGUGGGGGCUGGAUCACUCAGCAGUAAUCUGAAGAUCAUGCGGUGUCCCAGCAUGAUUAGACACGUAUCCUGUGUUUAUAGGUUAUGUUAUUCAUAACUGGAGUACAGAUUUAAGGAGGCCAUACACUUAGGACAGGUUCACACUACAGAAUCCACAACCAGAAAUGUUUCAGCCGGAGAUUCUGUGUGCGGCCAGAGAAAACUAAAUCGGUUGGUGCCAGGAACGCACGGAAUCCAAUAGACUGCAAUGUAUGCGGCGUGGAUUCCGCCAGAACAUUAGGCAAGUUCAAUGUCCUAGGAGAAUUCACCUGAUUUUACCUCUAAAGUGGAAUUCCAUAGUGUAAACAUACCCUUAGAAGUAGGUUGAUGCUCACUAACUGUUGAACAAACAAUCGUCUGGUCCAUAUCGGCCAAUACAUCAAUAAAAACAAUCCUUCUGUAAUAUUUUGGUGGUGUUCUGAAAAUAUUUUACAUUUUUCAAUAAUUUCAAACACAGACGGCUCCUUUUUAGGCCAACAUGAUGGUCCCUUGUUUCAUUCCACCAAAUAAAUAAUUGUUUUGGUUGAAUUAGUAAAUUUUUUAUUAACUUUAAUGGAAUAGGCACCUUUAGUUUUAAGCAGUCUCUUAACGGGCCUUGUUCUUAUCCCCGGGUCCCAUCCUUUACAUAAGCUACGGGGAAAGCUUGUGUAGCACAAGGAGGCAUUCUCUUUUAGCAAAUACAAUUUUCUGUGUAAAUUCCAAUACAUGGAGAUCAAGAAAGAAAGAAUUGAAGAGAAGCAACCUAGAGAAUACAUGAAGGCAAAGGAAUAAACAUGGAUUGUGCAUGAAUGCAGGGGCAUAGCUAUAGGGGGCAGGGGUGUAGCUAUAGAGGUAGCAGUCGCAUCGGGGCCCUGGUGCCCCAAAGCACAUCUGCCCCAUAAAAGAGCAGCACAAUAGUGGGCAUAUGGGGCCCUGUUGCAGAUUUUGCAUCGGGGCCCCAAAGUUACAAGCUACGCCUCUCAUAUGGGGUGCAGUCACACUGGGGUGUCUUGGCCUCAAAACACAUUUGCCCCAUAAGAGACCAGUUUUAUAAUUAGGACAUAGGGCCCUGUUGCAGAUUUUGCAUUGGGGCCCAGAAGCUACAAGUUACGCCUCUGUAUGUAUGUAAUUCAGUGGACUUACCAUGCACUAACCGGCUCAUUGGCGUGUGUUUACAUACAUGUCUAUGCAGACAUACACAAGGCAUUUUUUCUAUCACAUCCGAGUCUAAAUGUAUGUGCCUAAAUCUAAAGCUGCUGCUCGAGUGACGUUCUCAUCCUCAACGGAAUGCCGCCAUCUCUGUACAGCGGCAAAGGUGUUAAAAACUCUCUCCUUUAUGAAAUUCAUUGCCAUCUUUUCUACCUAUUAACACUGACUUUAUUUAUGAGAAAUAAUACGUAUAGUGUAUUUUUAACAAUGUCUGUAAUCUUACCUAGAUGGAUUGUAUAAUUUCAUGCUUGUUUUUUUUUUGGAAACUGUAUAUUUGUUCUUUACGUAAAUUAAAUAAAUUGCCUUACAUAGUACGAACCUUCAAA